GUGAACACAUAAAGAGAAAUACACAUUUAUUAUCAAGCUGUCGAAGUGAAGUUAUUCAGUAUAACAACCAAACAAUUCUCGCAAAAGUUGCUGACGUUUGCAUAUAUAAAAAAGAAGCUAAGUUGGAGAGAACUCCUUGGUUUAAUACCUGUAGACAAGUGACUCAUAAUGUCAACUGUGAUAUUAGUAUUCAUUGGUUUGCUGUGUGCAUUAAUACCGUCGAUGCAUUCUCAAGAUACAUGCCGAAAUCCGCAGGGAUAUGUCGGUACAUGCAUCAAUAUCAAAUCAUGUACGUCGUUAUUCAAUCUUCUGAAAUUGAACAAGGAAAAUCCGCAAGUACUCGAAUUUCUCCGUGCUUCCAUUUGCGGUUACGAAGGUAAUGAUCCUAAGGUUUGCUGUCCCUCCAGCAAAUCUGAAUACGGUCCUUUGUAUCCACCUGAAUGCGGAUUCAGUAAUGUGAUACCACAGAGAAUCGUUGGUGGCACGCCAGCCCCGUUAGGUGCUUGGCCUUGGAUGACCGCUCUCGGAUAUACAAACUCGGAAAAUCCAAACGUUCCGAGCUGGCUUUGCGGCGGCGUCUUGAUUACUCGUCGACAUGUGCUUACCGCCGGGCAUUGCGUUUACGAACGAGAAGAUUUGUACAAAGUGCGCAUUGGAGACUUGGAUCUCAACGAUGACUACGAUGGGGCGACCCCGUUUGAGGACUUCAUCGAAAGGAAAACAGUGCACCCCGAAUUUGAUCGCUGGACCCUCACGAACGAUGUGGCGGUUCUGAAAACGUUCCAGGAAGUACCCUUUACACUAUCUGUUCAUCCUAUUUGUCUUCCAAUGGACGAUUUUAUCAGAAAUACAAAUUUAGAGAAUACGUAUCCUUUCGUUGUUGGAUGGGGAUCUGUUUAUUUCCAAGGACCAAAAAGCAGUAAACUUUUGCAAACACAAGUUCCUGUAGUUCCACAAGAAAAAUGUCGUACUACCUAUCAAAAUACGCAGGCGGUGAUUGACAACCGUGUUGUAUGCGCUGGAUAUGCUCAAGGUGGAAAAGAUGCUUGUCAGGGUGACAGUGGUGGACCACUGAUGUUGCCUGAUCCUCGAAAUAAACAAUAUUAUUACGUUGUUGGGAUAGUUUCAUACGGCCAGAAGUGCGCUCAACCUGAUAUUCCAGGCGUAUAUACGAAGGUUCCAGCUUUCCUAGAUUUCAUCAUAAGUCAAUUGGUAUAGAUUUUCUCGUUAAAACAUUGAAACUUUUUAUUUGUUUGUUGAUUUUUUUUAAAUUCUAAAAACACAGCGUACAUUUAUUGUGGUAUAAACAAUUCCUUUCUUUUUUCCUUUUUGUAUUAUAAACAGAAUAAACUAACUUUGUCAAUAAUCAAUCAUAAUUCGCGUGAAGAAUAACUUCAGUUUUAGAAAGACGCUAAGUUGACCGAGUAAAACUUUCUUAUAAAUAAGAUACAUUAUAAUAAACAAGAUAUAAUAAACAUUCUUAUAAACAAGAUAAAUAAGAUACAGAUUUUGUUUUCUUUUAAAUCAUUAAUCGUUGUGCCAUUUAAUCUAUACGAGAAAAGACAUACCUAUAAAAUAUAAACAGACUCAAUAUAAAAUCAAUCAAUUAAUCUAAUUGGCUGAAAAUGAAAUUAAUUGGUUGGAAAAUGGAAGUAUAUCAUAAUGUAUUCCCCUACUUAUAUAGGAGUAUAUAAAUUACUAUAAUAUAUGAAUUGAUUGAUUUAUGAUUUGUAUCCUUCUUUUGUUUAGCGUUUAUUAUAAUGGAUUAUUACUCAGAAACUCUUCUAAUUGUAGAGAAUAAAGUAAAAAAAUUUUUAAUGCGUAAAAUAAAAAAAAUAAAAAAUGCAUCAAUAUUAGAUCAAAAUUAUGUGAAGUAAUAAUAAAUACUGAUGCAGAUGGAAUAAGAUAAGUUUUGUGUAUUUUUGGCAAAUAUAAUCAACUUUGCUAGACAUGAACAUAUGUUGUCAGCGUGUGUGAUAAAAUCAUAUAUGAUGAAUUGAUUACAAACGUGCAUAUGCGCAUUGUACACAAAUUGCGGAAGUGAGAAGCGAUAAUUAUUGUCUGCACCGUGAUGUUUUCGGUAGCACUAUAGUAGUAUUACAUAUAUGGUGACAAUACGCUUUUAACAUGUGACGUCUACGUUUGUAAAAACGUUAUGCUCACUUGAGAACUAUAGAAAGAUAAUCAGCUUUGAAUUCUAUUUAUGUAAAUUAACGGACAAAUUAGUUGUUUCUGAAUUUUGUCAAUAGAUGGCUAUAAUGACCAAA